CUGUUUUCUUCUGUGAAAUGCCGUACUAGUAGAUUUCAAGGCCAGGAUCUGCUGCAUGUUUCCAUGGAGCACAGCGGCCCCUACCGUGCCGUGCAAAUCACCUUCAGCUGGGCUGCAGCAGCAGCCGCGGCCUUCCGUUCCCAGGUCCGCUCUGGGGCAGCUGGACCUGCAUCUGAGGCCUGGGAAGUCGACUUGGAGGAAGGAAGCUGGAAAUGUCGCUGCCCAGAUCUGGCGGAAGUCGAUUUGGAGGUGGGCAAGGAGUGGCGUGGCCGGCCCUUGCUGAAUGAGAGUGGAGCGCGGGGGCGGGGGCGAACUGGGAGCCGCCGACGUGCCCAGACUCCACAGCGGAAGACCAGAGAGAGCAGCAGCAGUGGCCAAAAGCCUAGGUCCGAACUCUUCAAGGAACGUUCGCCCGUGAAGGCCAAGGCGGCGGCCAAGGCCAAAGCUGAACCUCAUGAGCCAGAGCUGACAGCCAAGCUGAUGGCCCAAGCUGACCUCCAAGUGGCAGACCCCCCAGAAACCGAGGCUCCAGUUGAGGCGGCCGAAGCUUCCGAGCUUGGGGCUGAAACUCGUGAGGCAGAGGCUCCUAUUCACGCUUCUCCAACUCCAGGCUCUAAAGGCCCUGCUCCCACAGAAGCCAACCGUCCUGUGCCUCCACCGCUCUCUGCUUCUACCGGAGCAGCGCCUCAAGAAGCAGCGCGCGAAGACGUUCCGCGCACGGAGCGUCUGGGCUCGCGCCUGGGGCGCUUUGGGCGUCCGUUGCGGAGCUCGGCUCCCGGCGCCUUGGGCAAAGAUGGUAUCCCCGAGCCGCCUGAGGCGCCCCCUGAGCCGCCGGAGGCACCUCCAGAGGAGACCCCCGAGGAGGCAGAGCCGAAACCGACGAUGCAGAGCCCCCGCUUCGGGCGAGAGGAGCCUGGUGAAGUGCCGGAGGCCAAAGCAGCCCCGCAAGUGAAGCCGCAGCCUGUCCAGAUGCAAGCCACGUUGGAAGUCCAACCAAAAAGUUUAGAUACUUCUGCAGCUGUGGCCAGCCCUUCCGCGCAGCCUGCUAUGACUGUACCCGCUGCACAGCCGAAAAGUCCUGCAGUUGCCAAAGCCCCAUCACAACCUACAAGUCAAGAUGCUUCUCCAGCUGUGGCAGUGCCCCUAGCACAGCCGAAAAGCCCCGCAGUUGCCGAAGCCGCAUCACAACCAGCCGCUUCUCCGGCUGUGGCAGUGCCCCUGGCACAGCCGAAGAGCCCUGCAGUUGCUGAAGCCGCAUCACAACCAGCCACUUCUCCGGCUGUGGCACUGCCUCUGGCACUGCCGAAGAGCCCUGCAGUUGCCGAAGCCGCAUCACAACCAGCCACUUCUCCGGCUGUGGCAGUGCCUCUGGCACAGCCGAAGAGCCCUGCAGUUGCCGAAGCCGCAUCACAACCAGCCACUUCUCCGGCUGUGGCACUGCCUCUGGCACAGCCGAAGAGCCCCGCAGUUGCCGAAGCCGCAUCAGAACCCGCAAGCCAAGCCACUUCUCCGGCUGUAGCAGUGCCUGUGGCACAGCCGAAGAGCGCUGCAAUUGUGGAUGCCAUCACCAGAGGUGCUCCAUCCCCAGUGAAGGCUACAGCUCUCCGCGACACAGGUGUUGCAUCGAAGGCAGCAAAGGUCACCUUCAAAGAUGCUCCGAACGCAACGGAGGAACAGUGCUCGACACGCUCGGCUGCAGGAACCGCCAAGCAUGCCGAACAGGGAGGGGAACCUUCACUACAAGGCAAGACUGAAGCAGAUGAUCCCAACGAGCAGUCGGCUGUCGUGGUGCCGGUCUGGAACAAAGAGCUGCUAGGCUACCUCCAGUGUGAUGGGCGUGCUCUUCAGCCAGCACGGACCUCCUUUCAGCAAGGGGACCUUCGGAUGCUCCCGGCGAGCUGGGCCUUUACUCUACCUGAGUCUGGGCUGGAUGCGACCGCUGUCGGCCAGUGGCUGGAGGGUCGAAUCUCCUGGCCGCUGUGCUGGGCCCGCAUUGUGGAUGGCAUUCAACGUGCGGGCACGUCGGUGCGAAAACGGAGGGCCAAACCCUACGAAUGUCUUGAUGAUGGCACUCCUUGGAUUGAUGACUCUGAUAUCAAUAGCCAGGCACGUCAGGCGCUGGUGGACCACAUGCUACUGACGGCGAAACCUUGGAAUUUGGGGGCGCUGGCCGGUGGCCUUGCGACCUUGCCAGGCACGACGAGCCCCCUGGCCGCUUUUCUGCCAUGCUCCGCGCCCAUCUCGCCGGAGAAGGCUGUUGCGGAUGCAUUUAAGUGGUUUCAUCAGGGACUCCCCAACGAGGAUGCGUCCAUCUUGUUGGUGGGUGGCCACCAACCACUGGUCCUGUCGCUGGCCUACAGACGCCUGCAACUGAAGGCACACCCGGCAUCGUCCGGGAAUCAGCGAACGCUGCUGGAUGCUGCCAUCAAGCUGGAGAUCCUGAGAGCUGCGUCCCUGAAAGGUGGACCAUCUCGUUUGGAGGAACUGGCCUCCCCAGUGCUGAGUGAGCUUACAGACCACGAUCUGCUGAAGCUCGUUGAGAUUCAAAAGUCCCACGGCAAAGCCUCCAAUUCCGCUGCCAGAGAAGCUCACCUAGCCAGUGGGUUUGACAACGAAGACAAACAAGAUCAGCUGUGGAUAUACCUGAAGUCCUUGCACAAGCUUCGUGAAGAACUGAGACUUCUUCAAGAGACGGAAUUCUUGGAUCGCUGCAGGUUCAUCUUGGGUUUGGAGAGCUUGCCUGUGAGCAAUGAGAUGCUGACGAAAGCCUACAGAAAACGUGCCAAGGAGCUGCAUCCAGACAGGCAAGGCGACACUUCAAAGGAAGCCUUCCAAGCCUUGCAAGAUGCCUACGAGAAGCUUUGCGCCUACAACGCGGGCGUCCUGCCAACGGAUGAUAACGAGGAAAUCAAGGAGCAGGUGAACAUCCUUCAAACUGCGUUCCCGAGCAAGUUUCCCAAGGACAUGAGAGUCGAGGCACAAGAGGCACUGAGAAGUGCUCAGAUGGCUCUCUCCAUGCACCAGCUGUGCAAGCCCAAGAAGACUCGAAGUUUGCCCAGCUCCGUGGCGAAAGAGGCCGAGCGUGGGAAAAAGGUGCAUGGGAAGAAGCGUGAACGACAGACAAGUGUGAAAAGAAAAGAUAAGGAAGGUCAGGACCGUCAGACCGGUCUCGAGGAAGCCGGUAGUGCUGGUCUCCGGCCGCCCAGUGAGACGCAGAGCCAAGCGCAGAGUGCGCCGUCGGAAGACUACCAGGAGGAUCUAGAAAGCGAGAGUUGUGGAGAGAGUGACGACAGCGAGAACUGCACUAGCAGCCGGUGGGGGGCAGUAGAGGUUGGCCCCUGGCGCAGCAGUAGCAUCAUUGGGCGAACUGGCCUUUCUCUUCAUUGUGCAGGAUCUGUGAUGGAGGCCGGCAACAACGCCAAAAAUGUCGGAGGGAAGAUGCCGAGCUUUGCUGGGAAGGCCACUCCGAUCUUUAAGAUGAUACACAAAGAGUUACAAGAAGGAAUGGAUGGUCAGACCAUUGCUGACCUCCUGGAGCAGGCGAACCGGACACAAGAUGAGUUAGAAGCUGCGGUGCACUUGGGAAAUGCUGCGCGAGUGCUGGGCAUGCAAUCUGCCAUCGAAGCAUCGGAAUAUUCGGACAACACCUGCCACUGGGAACCUCAAGGCGAUGUGACUGGGAACACCCUGGGCUACCAGGCGGCUGAGCAGGCCGCAUAUGCGUCGCUUACAGGGGCAGCUGCUGUGAUGGCGAUGUACGAUGGCUUCGAGGAGAUCAAGCGCCUCUCUGCGAACUUGCAGCGGGCUGUUCGCAUCAAGUCGAAGCAUCCAUGGGAAGUUGACGAGCAUGACAUUGAAGAAUUAAUCGCAAAUGAGGAGAAGAGGGUGAGGAAGAUCGACGCGUGCGCAGCCUCGGACGACGUGACGCAGCGCAUCCAGCUGAUCUGCGAAUACAACGAGGAUAUGUUGCGAUGGCAAAAAGCCUUGAGACGAGUGGUUAGUGAAGUUCCAGGCUUUUUGAACCCUGUCUCUGUGGUUGACAAGGAGACACUUUUCUCCAUGAUUGCGGAGGUGUUGGAAGUUCUCUCCCAGCGCUUGUUGGACAUUCCCUCCACCGCGGAGACUCGUGAGAUCGAGGCAGUGCUCGCAGUGAUUUUUGUGGCCACUGCCUGGCAUUUGAUCGCAUCGCCACCCUCCGUGGAGGCGCGCUUGCUUCGCUUGGCUGCCCUGGUGGAUGUGGAGCUCCUGAAAUUCAUGCUCGAGGAGUGGAUUGGCACCGCCUUGAACAGCCUAGGCGAGCGAGGGCUCGGUCUGGAGCAACGGCUGGCGCUCCAAAGGCGCUGUGACCAAGCACUGACGGAUCUGAAGCGCUUCGACCAGGACAAGGCUGACAAGAGUGGUGAACGUGCCUGAACGUGAACGUAGCCUCACUCAGGGCCCCCCUGGGCUCACCCAGUCUUGCCGCGGCAUGUGUUGAGAGUUGCUGAAGCUUCCCCAGCCUGCGCCUUAAUUCAUUGCUUCAGACCCGUCUUGAAUCAGUGAUCAGACUUGCUUGAUC